UUUUUGUCGCGUGCGAAAGGAAACGAAACGACGAUCGGGUUGGUGGGCCGGCCCAGUCAAGCGUCAACCCUGUGCGUCAAGCUGCUGUUUGACGCAAAAUGCGUCACAUAGGAGGUCUCUUCUUCCACCUCCGUCCGCCUCGUUCUUCCAGAAGAAAUAGUUUGUUUCGUUCGUCUCCUCCGGUCCUCCCCCCUCCAAUUCCAAUGCAGUCCCCUGCUCCGGCGAGCUCGAGCUCGCCGUCUUCCCCCAUGCCUUCUUUCCCUGAGAGCAUGGUGGGGAAGACUCUCCAGUUGCUCCUUCCGUACCACGACGCCAUCAUCAGGGGCAUCGAGCGCAGCAACGACGACAAGCUCACCCGUGUCAAGAUCGAGGCUCUGCCCGGGGUUGCGUCUUCUGCUGGAGAACUGCGACCGGAGAGCACGGAAGGGCUGAAGUUUGUAGGCGCUCUCCACAUGGACGACAUCUCAGGGCACGAGUGCACGCUUACAGUCCAUGACCACCAAGUGCACAAUUGUCGCUCUUGCACAGAAGUGAGAGUCCCAGCUUUCCACCGAUUCUCAGAGACCGUGGUAGGGAGGACAGUCCGCUUCUCUGGGUCAGAUCCCUACUCCAUUGAGGUUGAUGUCCAAGAUGUAGAGAGACGGGAUUCUGUUACCACAGUAUAUCUUCGGACGGGUGUCAUCUCCCUUCCUGCCUCCACUGGUGACACGGUUGUACUGAGGUCCACAGAUACCUCGGACAGAUGGCAGGGAGACAUCGGAUAUUGGCCAAACCCUAGCUUUACUGCUAAAUCUGAGAAGAAAGAAAAAGAUGGAAGUAAAACUGACCAAAGUUUCUAUGGACAAGACUUUGAGAGGGAUGUCUUGAUUUAUGUGCGAGAUGAGCAAGUGUGCAUAUGCAGUAAACUGUCACUGUGGCUACCAAAUACGAAGAUAUUGAUUAAGCCAGCACCAAAUUGUCCUGCUAACAUUAAUAUCUUACAUGGCAAGUCUUCCCAGCGAAAUCGCAGGUCAUCUAAACAGAAAGAAUGUGAAGCUGAGCAGAAAAUUAAAGUUGCAAUAAAUGGUUAUGGAAAGAUUGGGAGGGCGCUCGCUAGAGCCGCUUUGCAGAGUGAAGGUGUUGCCCUUGUUGCUGUCAAUGAUCUAUCUGGAGGAGACGAAAUUAGUUGUAUGUUUAGGGAUAUAUGGGAAUUUGGAGUGAAAAACUGUAACUCUGAUAUUCCUAAGGAUGUCGCUUCGUACGAGGAAAUCGAUCCUGAUUCAGUCCCUUGGUACAUGACCGGCCCCCAGUUUAUUGUGGAGACUAGUUCCGAUUGUAGCCAGGAUGCUGACCAUUACAGGAACCUCUUGAAACAAUAGUUGCCGCUCAUCGACCACUCCCAACAGUUCGAGGGCCCCAAUUCUGCGGAUCGAACCGGUCACCCCAAGUGAUGCCAAGGCUGUACAGGAUUGUUUCCCCCUCUGGAUGCGUGAAGAAGUUGGCUCAGUAGUUUGUGUUCAGGGGGUUGAUGUGACUUUUGAGUUGGCAGGGACGGAUAUGAUGAUAAUGAGUAACACCCGACCUAGCUUGAACUUGGCGCAGCUUCUGAGAUGGUGCUUCGACAUGCUGAGCCAGAUCCCAGAAGCAGGGGAAUGUCACGUCCAGAUGAGUGAAAAGCCACGGCGGACGUAAGGCUUCAGCGUGGAAAUGAGUUCUCCUGCGUACAUUGAUGGUGAUUGGAUAGUGUAUAGACAUUCGAUAGCCUAUAACCUCGACACUCAAAGGUCAAAGCCCAUAGACCUCCAGUACAUGUAUUGAUAGCCCAUAGCCUCCUGUGUACAUUACCAGUAAAUGAGCUCUCACACUUGACAUUCGGUUCAGUUGUUGGUCCUUGGAUAAAUGAGCGAUUCUUCUGAAUUUUCU